AUGAACAACAUAUUCAAGAAGUCCGAGAGCACUCUGGUGCGAUUUAACAGCUUUGUAUUACUCGCUACAGUCGCGCUUAUUGUAAGUAUUGGUGUGACGUCGGCAAACACGGAUGCUCAGAUUACCCAACCAAGGCCCAUUCCUUCGGCUCACAGCUUUCGAUUCAACCAAACAAUGGUACAAGUGCGUACAAACGCAAAGAGUGAAGAGAGAAUUAUUGCUCAUCGUUGGACAGAAAAAAUCGCGAGUAUCUUAAAGUCGGGAACUUCAAAACUAGCUCAAGGCGCAAAAAUUCAGACAUGGCUGCUCAAACGGAAAACUACGGACGAUAUUUUCAAGACACUAGAGCUGAAUACGGCAGGAAAAAAGAUAUUUGAAGACCCGAAGUUUAUAACUUGGGUGGUCUAUGUGACCAAGGUCGAAAAGCAGAACCCCGAGGAGAUCGUCUUGUCGAAGUUGAUGGCGCAGUACACACCGUACUCGCUGGCUAAAAUGAUCGCGUCGGCCAAGAAAGUCUCGAACACUGAAGGUCUCGCCAUCCUGUUGCAGGCUCAGCAGAGGCGGGUUUGGAUGGAUACUGGAAAAUCGGGCGAUGAUGUGUUCAAGUUGCUAAAACUGGACAAAACAGGGUCCAAGCUUUUCAAGAGGUCGCGGUUCACUACCUGGACUUCAUACGUCGAUGAAUUCAACAGGAACAAUCCUAACGAAGCAGUCUCGCUGUUCUCGUUGCUGGCAAAGCGAUACAAUGAAGCGACCCUUUCAGAGAUGAUCGAAGCAGCGAAGAAAGUGUCAAGUACGGAAAGUAUUGCGACGAAAUUGCAGAGUCAACAGAACAAGCUAUGGUCGUCAAAGAAGAAAUCGCCCGACGAUGUCUUCAAGUUACUCAUGCUUGACAAACCGAACAAGGCGGUUCUAAGUGACCCAAAGCUGAGAGCUUUUGCCAGCUAUUUGAAGGUGUUUAAUUUGGCAAACCCCCGAAAGGAAGCAACACUCCUCGCGACGCUAUCUCAUUACUACGAUGAUGUAAACCUUGGGUUACUACUUCAAGAGGGAAAGAAGUUCCCAGAAACGAAAAAAAUUGCCGAAGAAUUGCAGGUAGCGCAAUUCGCACGUUGGUUGAAGGAAGGAGAAACUUUUGAAAGUCUUUUCAAGAUGUUGAGUCGAAAAAAAGAGGGCUGGAUAAUCUAUCCGGACAUGGCAUUUCUCAAGUCAUACGGCGACUUUUAUACAGCAAUGAUGAAGACUACGCAUUAA